UUUCUGGCAUUUUUAGGGUUUUAGCCGUCAACUUCUGUGUCUCGUCAGUCUCCCGGCGAUCGAGGCCGAAGAGAGCGACGUCAAACUUGAGGCCGUCAUGGCUCUUGUUCCGCUAAACCACCUCCUUUCGUCGCCGGCUGCUCUCGUCCACCGCAUCAGGGUUUCGGAAUUCGGCGGAAUUCGUACGCGUCGAGCUCGAGUUUCGAUUCCCAUGGCCGUGGCGUCGACCUACAUCCCCGCCGCUCCGAUUCUGCUACCCGAAGGACCGUGGACGGAGAUACCAGGUGGUGUGACAGCACCAAAAGGGUUCAAAGCUGCAGGCAUAUAUGGAGGUCUGAGGGCAAAAGGAAAUAAACCUGAUUUGUCUUUGGUGACAUGUGAAGUUGAUGCAGCUGUUGCUGGAUCUUUUACCACCAAUAUUGUCACAGCUGCCCCUGUUAUCUAUUGCAAAAAUGUCCUAGACGCUUCAACUACUGCACGUGCAAUAUUAAUUAAUGCUGGUCAAGCAAAUGCUGCUACAGGCGACUUAGGCUACCAGGAUGCUGUAGAAUGUGCAAAUGCUCUUGCUGAGCUCCUUAAUAUGAGGCCAGAGGAUGUACUGCUUCAGUCAACCGGUGUAAUUGGCCAGCGGAUAAAGAAGGAUGCCCUUCUUAGUUCACUUCCAAGACUUGUUGCUUCAUUAUCAUCGACUGUUGAUGGGGCCGACUCUGCAGCUAUUGCCAUUACUACAACUGACCUUGUAAGCAAAUCUGUAGCUGUUGAAACAGAGGUUGGAGGUGUUCCUGUGAGAGUUGGUGGAAUGGCAAAAGGUUCUGGAAUGAUCAAUCCAAACAUGGCUACAAUGCUUGGUGUUGUAACAACUGAUGCUGGAAUUUCUAGUGACGUUUGGAAAAGUAUGGUGCGCAUGUCAGUUGAUAGAAGCUUUAACCAAAUCACAGUUGAUGGAGAUACUAGCACAAAUGACUGUGUUCUUGCUUUGGCUAGUGGAUUAUCUGGAUCAAAUUUGAUUUCCUCACUUAAAAGCAAUGAAGCUCUUCAACUGCAAGCAUGCUUAGAUGCUGUCAUGCAAGGUCUUGCAAAAUCGAUAGCAUGGGAUGGUGAGGGGGCGACAUGCUUGAUUGAGGUCUCUGUUAUUGGUGCGACUGGAGAGACUGAAGCAGCAAAAAUAGCUCAUUCAGUAGCAUCUUCUUCGCUUGUUAAGGCGGCAAUUUAUGGAAGAGAUCCAAACUGGGGACGUAUCGCUUGUGCCGUUGGUUACGCCGGUGUUCAUUUUGAUCUUAAUGAUCUUAUGAUAUCACUUGGAGAUAUUCCACUCAUGAGGAAUGGUCAGCCACUGCCAUUUGACAGGGACAUAGCUAGUAAAUAUCUCAGAGUGGCUGGAGAAUCGCAUGGGACUGUUCAUAUUUACGUUUCUGUUGGAAAUGGCGAGGGAAGUGGGAAGGCUUGGGGUUGUGACUUGAGUUACGAUUAUGUGAAGAUCAAUGCGGAGUACACUACAUGAGGUCCAUCCCAAUGGGACGCCAAUUGCUAGCUCGCCAAGAAGAAGCAUGCCCGCUUGGUAGCAUCCCAUUCGUAGCUCCCUUUCCAAGAAAAUUAUCAAUAAUCCGUCGUAUUUAUCUAACAAUCUACAUUCAUGUCUCGAAUCCAACGUUUGUGUAAAAUUUUUUGCAGUGGGUAGAACUAGAAUUGUUGUAGGUUUGUUUGAAUAAAAAGGUUCUUGUACUAUUCGGUCGGAUUUUGAUGGUCAGGGAAUGUAAUUGAAGUUAUUUUUCUUUUUCUUUUCUAUAUGAUUUCUACUCAUAGGAGUUCCUCCGAUCCA